GACGCACCCAAAGUUGGAUUUAUUCAAUCCGAUAUUGAAUAAAUACUAACGGUGGAGAUAUAGUAUUUGACUAUUAUUUACUGUCACGUUUCAAGGAAGUACAUACAUAACCGCAUGUAGUUAACAUAAUUCCGCUUUCUAAGAAACGGAUAUAUUACUAAUAAUUAGUUAAAAAUAAAUUAGUAAUUUGAUGAUCACAUCACUUUUAAUGCGAAUUUAACGUGUAUUUUAUCAUAUCUAUUUCAUUUAUCAACCGGCUAGCCGAUCGAAAAUGUUCAAAAAAUUUGACGAGAAAGACAGUGUUUCUGGUGUCCAACAGCUAAAGUCUUCCGUUCAAAAAGGAAUACGUUCCAAACUUUUAGAACUGUAUCCACACUUAGAAAGUCAUGUGGAUCUUAUCAUGCCCAAAAAGGAUUCAUUUCGUAUUGUUAAGUGUCACGAUCAUAUAGAGAUCAUGGUGAAUGCUGCUGGGGAACUCUUAUUCUUCCGACAUCGAGAAGGUCCUUGGAUGCCGACGUUAAGAUUAUUACAUAAAUAUCCAUUUUUUUUACCUAUGCAACAAGUUGACAAGGGAGCAAUUCGUUUUGUAUUAAGUGGAGCAAACAUUAUGUGCCCUGGAUUAACGUCAAAAGGUGCCAAAAUGACACCGGUACCAAAGGGAACGGUUGUAGCGGUUAUGGCAGAAGGAAAACAACACGCAUUAGCAGUUGGAGUAACCUCCUUGUCGACAGAUGAUAUAGCUAAAGUAAAUAAAGGCGUUGGUGUGGAAAAUUGUCAUUACCUCAAUGAUGGACUCUGGCAAAUGAAGGCUGUGAAAUAAAUCAACCAUUUCGUAAUAAAGAUAUACAAUUUAAAAUAAAUGUACUAGAUGUAUUAUUUCAAUUGUUCGAUAUACUCUUAUGAUAAUUAAAAUAUGUGAUUUACAA